AUCAAAAACAAAACAAUUGCAUGUUAAUAUUAAAGUAUUAACACAAUUAUUUUUAUAAAAGAUGGUGACUGUAAAGCAAGUGUACACCUCAGUAGCAUGUAACCGCUUGCCAGAGAUAGUAGAUUGGAACAAAGAUGGCUUAAUGUGUUUUGGUGCCUCAAACGCUGUAGUUAUUUACGAUACGAAUUUAGCCGGUCAAGAUCCAUUAACGGUGUUAAGCCAUCAUCGCUUACGAGUUAACUCGGUGAAAUGGCUCCAGAAACAAAACAGCUGUACAGAAUUAUUAUCAUGCUCGGCAGACAAAACGGCUGCUAUUUGGACCUUUGAUAAUGGGGGUUGGAAGGUCACGAGUACCCUCACAGGUCAUGAGAAUGGUGUCACUUGUAUCACGGGGGUUUAUAUCAAUGGGGACGAUUUGGUGGUCUACACGGGGUCUAUCGAUUCAACGGUUAGGGUCUGGAAGAGGAAAGAUGGAACAACAACCCACAAACAAACAAUAAGCCUACAAUCGGGACUCUGUCUCACACUCUACGCACACAUUUUACCCAUUGUCAAUAAGCCCAUCUUGUUCUGUGCUCUCGAUGACCACAAAAUACACAUUUUUGCUGAAGAGGCCGAGUAUCACAGGGUUCACACAUUAGUCGGGCAUGAAGAUUGGGUAAGAGGCCUGGAUGUUAUUGGAGUCGACAACAAUACUAUCAUGCUAGCAUCAGCAUCCCAAGACACGUACAUCCGUCUCUGGCGCAUUCAGCGUCAUGAAGACAAAAUAGUGAAAGAAAUUAAAGUGGAAGAAAAGGUAUUCCAGGCGAAUGGUAUCACUUGGUCUGUUAAGUUGGACGCAGUACUCGCUGGCCAUGAAGGCUGGGUGUAUGGUGUUCAGUGGCAGAAGGAUUAUGACAAAGCAACAAAUCAACCAACCUACCGUCUCCUGUCAUCGUCGCUGGACAAAACCCUCAUCAUAUGGCAACCAGAAAGCCAUGGUGGUGCGUGGGUGGAGAGCGUGAGAGUGGGGGAAGUGGGGGGUAACGGUCUUGGUUUCUAUGGGAGUAGGUUUGGACCAGACGCGUUCAUGGGCCACGGGUAUAACGGGUCAUUGCAUGUUUGGAAGCUAGAUAAGGAAACGAACCAAUGGCGUCCAAGUGUAGUAGUUGGAGGCCAUUUCAGCGGAGUGGAAGAUAUAAGAUGGGAGGGGGAGGGGAAGUAUCUCCUCAGUGUAUCCCUGGACCAGACGGCGAGAUUACACGCACCGUGGAACAGAGAUGACGAUACUGGUCCAGAGUGGCACGAGCUGGCUCGUCCCCAAGUCCACGGAUACGACUUGGCUUCACUAGCAAUUAUAUCGCCCACUUGCUACGCGUCCGCUGCUGAAGAAAAAGUCCUGAGAGUGUUCCGAGCUCCGCAUAACUUUGUCCAGAACUUUAAGAACAUAGUCGGAGAUACUUUCGUUGGAGAUGGUGUUAAAGGUCCCGAAGGUGCGUCAGUGCCGUCCCUUGGUUUGUCCAACAAAGCGGUGUUCAGCGGUGAAGAACAAACUGGCGGUGACGAUAAUGACGGAUAUUUUGUACCUAUCGAGCUGCAUGAACCUCCUACAGAAGAGACGCUGAUGCAGAACACGCUGUGGCCGGAGACUCACAAGCUGUACGGACACGGCUACGAGGUGUUCUGUACUGACUCUAGCUCUGAUGGGACCCUACUAGCCUCCGCUGCUAAAGCAUCCACCGUUGACCACGCCGCUGUGCUUCUGUGGGACACAUCGAACUGGCAACAAAUACAGAAGUUAAUAUCUCACAAUCUAACCGUCACUCAGCUGGCGUUCUCUCCCGACAGUCGGCAUUUACUGUCAGUGUCCCGAGACAGAAGGUGGACCUUAUUUAGAAGGGUACAAGAUUCGAAUCGGUUUGAAGUAGCCGCCUGUACUGACAAGACCAAUGGGGUACAUACGAGAAUUAUUUGGUGUUGCUCGUGGGCGAUUGAUGGAAGGGCUUUCGGGACUGGCUCUAGGGAGGGCAAGGUGUGCUUGUGGUCAAAGACGGAUUCGUCCAGUGAUACUUCGCUAAGAGACUAUGGUUUGCUAGGAAAGCCCCUCGAAAUACCCAACGCAUCAGUGACAGCAAUAACCUUCGCUCCGUUAAAGCAAGAAGAUCUAAUAAUUGCCGUCGGACUAGAAUCAGGAAUCAUUAGGAUUUAUAGUUUCAAUAUAUCUUGGAGUCUGUUACACGAACUUGAUAGCAGUAUCGCUCACCACCUUACAGUGAAGAGAUUGGUUUUCAGACCGCCCCGAAAGGAAGAUAACAAUGAAAUGUUAUUGGCAAGCUGCGGCAGCGACCAUUUUGUCAGAAUAAACAGUAUAAACAUAUCGUAAAAUAUAUUUAUAAUUUAUUA